CUCCAUCAUCACCAUCCCUCCAUUGUACACAGCCGCCCGCGGGACGUACCUUGACCGUCUCUCCAACCGCUUGCCGCCUUCAAUCGCCAUCUCGUCCUCCCCGACCCCGCGAGCGCGCGAUCCUCGAGAUGGCGCAGAUCCCCGUGCAGACCCUCCACAGGGACCCCCAGCUCUUCUACUGGAUUCUCAUCCCCAUCACCGUCGUCAUGGUCCUCACCGGCGUGCUCCGCCACUACGCCUCGGUGCUCAUGGCCACAGCCCCCAAGAAGCUCGAGGCCCGCGCCCUCCGCGAGCAGCGCGCCCUCGCCCGCGGCGUCGCCCUCCGCUCCAGCUACCACGCGCUCUCGCAGCGCGCCUUCGAGGCCCGCCGCGAGGCCCUCGUCGCCGGCUACGAGUCGGGCGCCUUCCUCAAGGAGCCCGAGCGCAAGGGCCAGCCCCCCGCCAACCCGUUGACCGACCCGAGCCAGAUGGACGGCAUGAUGGGCAUGAUGAAGAACAACAUGGCCAUGAUCAUCCCCAACACGCUCAUCAUGAGCUGGAUCAAUGCCUUUUUCAGCGGAUAUGUCAUCAUGAAGCUGCCGUUCCCCAUCACCAUCAAGUUCAAGAGCAUGCUGCAGGCGGGCGUACAGACCAAGGACAUGGACCCUCGGUGGAUGUCCAGCAUCAGCUGGUACUUUCUGUGCAUCUUCGGACUGCAGUUUGUCUACGUCUUCUUGCUCGGCAGUGACAAUGCCGCUAGCCAAAUGGCCCAGCAGAUGGCUGCACAGCAAAUGCCCAUGGGUGGCAUGGGAGGCCCCGGCCAGGACCCGGACAAGCAGUUCAAGGCCGAGGCCGAGAACCUGGCUGUCGUCGAGCACUACUCCGUCUUGGACGAUGUCGAGGAGCGUCUACUAGAGGGUAUCAAAUCGUAGAUUCAUGGUAGUGGCCGGAUAUAGACUGUGUACAAUACAAAAGUUGGCGUCUCGCACGCAGGUCAUGUCGCGCUCUUCAGCCUUCAUCCCACCAUAGGCACACGCCCA